AAGCCAGCGGCGGUGGACGUUUCUCCGCCUGAAGCAGCACCGGGAGAGCAGGACGGGAGCCGCGAUCCAGCAGCGGGAGUUCCCUUCUGAUGGAGGCGGUUAACGGACAGGAGACAGCAGCACCGAGAGCAUCGACCCGGGAGACCACGGGAGAAUAAAGACGGUUCCGUUGUCCUAGGAAUAGAGGCUCAGACGGCGUCGUAAGGAAAGGUCACCAUCACCCCAAAACCUCCUGCCUCUCCUCUCCUCUCCUCUCCUCUCCUCUCCUCUCCUCUCCUCUCCUCUCCUCUCCUCUCCAGGUGUGUGUAGCGUGUGUUUUGCAAGAAGAGUGUUAGGAGUGUGUAUUCCUUUGCAUGUGUGUGUAGUGUACCAUAAUGAGUACAGCAGGAGUGGAGCGACGGAGGCCAACCCCAGCACAGACCCCUGAGGAGAGAGAGGGCAGUGUAGUGCAGAGUUAUAGCUUCGACUCGUACCAGCUGGAGGAAGAGGAGGGGACCAAGGGAACGCCGGAGAGAGGGGUGCUGGCCCUGUCAGAGCCGGCCUUUGAGGAGCCAGUCCCUGAUGACCGUUACCAUGGUAUCUACUUUGCGAUGCUAUUGGCUGGCGUGGGCUUCCUGCUUCCCUACAACAGCUUCAUCACCGACGUGGAUUACCUUCACCACAAGUUCCAGGGAUCCUCCAUAGUGUUUGAUAUGAGUCUGGUGUAUAUCGUGGUGGCUCUGGUCGCAGUCAUACUCAACAACAUCCUGGUGGAGAGAAUCAGCCUACACACACGAAUCACCGUGGGUUACCUGUUUGCUCUGAGUCCGCUAGUGUUCGUCAGCGUGUUUGAUGUGUGGUUGGAAUCCUUCACCACCAGACAGGCUUACAUCGUCAACCUCUUCUCUGUUGGGGUGGUCGCCUUCGGAUGUACAGUGCAGCAGUCCAGUUUCUAUGGUUACAUGGGGAUGCUGCCCAAGAGAUACACACAGGGGGUGAUGACUGGAGAAAGUACAGCAGGUGUAAUCAUCUCUCUGAGUCGUAUCUUCACUAAACUCCUGAUCAGUAACGAGAGGAUAAACACACUUAUCUUCUUCCUGGUGUCCAUCACCAUGGAGAUGCUCUGCUUCCUUCUCCACCUCAUUGUCCGUCGCUCACGAUUCGUCCGUUACUACACAGGCCCCACCCACCGGGGUCACAGCCUGGGGAAAGGUCAUGACAUCGGGUCGGAGGUCAGCGGGACAGGAUACAGGGUUCACCACGACGUCACAACAGAGGAAGGUAACGGAGUGGUGGCGACAACGUCGCCAUCUGAUGAUGUCACAGAUGAGUUCACAGGAGGGACGUACGUUCGGUUUGGAGUUCCUAAAGACAAGAUCCGGAGAAGCUGGCCUGGACUACGAGAUAUGUUUCUUCACAGGUACAUCGUUGCCAGGGUGAUCUGGGCCUACAUGUUGUCUAUAGCAGUGACCUAUAGCAUCACUCUGUGUCUGUUUCCUGGUCUGGAAUCAGAGAUACGCAACCCAACCCUGGGGGAGUGGCUACCUAUACUCAUCAUGGCCACAUUCAACAUGGCCGACUUCGUAGGCAAGAUCCUGGCUGCGUUGCCCUAUGAGUGGACGGGGGGUCACCUGCUCCUCUUCUCCUGCCUGCGGGUGGUCUUCAUCCCUCUGUUGGUGAUGUGUGUGUACCCUUCCUCCACCCCAACCCUGUCCCACCCCGCCUGGCCCUGUCUCUUUUCUCUCCUCAUGGGCGUAACCAACGGUUACUUUGGAUCAGUCCCUAUGAUACAGGCUGCUGGGAAGGUCCUGCCGGAACAGAGAGAACUAGCAGGUAACACUAUGACUGUAUCGUACAUGACAGGGUUGAUGUUGGGAUCAGCUGUGGCCUACGCUGCCUAUAGCUUCACUGCACCGGGCUCAAACACACACACACUCACCAACAUCACCACAGGGUAUUAAACACACACACACACACACACACACACACACACACACACACACACACACACACACACACACACACACACACACACACAGAGCCCAGAAAAGGCCUGACAGGAUACUGAACUCCAGCCUGACAUCUGACCUCUGACCCCUCCGGCCUGCCACACUCCCCAGAUGUUAUCCUGAUUCACCUCCUGAUCCUCCUCGUCUAUACUGCUGGGCUUUCUGCUCUGCCCGGGAGACGACGUGAACAGAAGCUCUGAUCGGCUUUCUGCUCUGCCCGGGAGACGACGUGAACAGAACCUCUGAUCGGCUUUCUGCUCUGCCCGGGAGACGACGUGAACAGAACCUCUGAUCGGCUCCCUGCUCUGCCCGGGAGACGACGUGAACAGAACCUCUGAUCGGCUUUCUGCUCUGCCCGGGAGACGACGUGAACAGAACCUCUGAUCGGCUCCCUGCUCUGCCCGGGAGACGACGUGAACAGAAGCUCUGAUCGGCUCCCUGCUCUGCCCGGGAGACGACGUGAACAGAACCUCUGAUUGGCUCCCUGCUCUGCCCGGGAGACGACGUGAACAGAACCUCAGACUCUCAUACACAUCGACUGACACACUCCUGUGACAUCACCUGUGUGACAGCUAUGACACGAUGCAUGACAUGAUCCUUGCUGUUUCCGUCAGUGUUCUACCGCGGGUCGAGAUGCGGGACCUACCAGUGAUCAAAGUCCGUCUUUAUUCUUCAGGGUUCAUGUCAAUAUAAAAGUUGUGAAUGUAAAACAUAUUCAAUAAAAAUAUAUAUCACCGGCAAACAUUAAAUAAAAUCAAAUGUGUAAAUA